AUGGAGAUCCCAACUUUCCUGCUGGCGAGUCUCGCUCUGCUCUUCAUUGGAGGGGAUCUUUUCACCUGGGCCAUGCUGAGUGACAUUGGGGACUAUGUAGGUACAGACAUUCAAAUAUCCUGGUUACCUAAUCUGGAUGAGUUAAUGAAGGGCUAUGCAAGAAAUUUUCGCCCUGGGAUAGGAGGUCCACCCGUGAACGUGGCCAUGGCUAUUGAAGUGGCUAGCAUUGACCACAUCUCUGAAGCCAACAUGGAUUACACCAUGACCGUGUUCUUGCGGCAGAGCUGGCGCGACGACCGCCUGUCCUUCAAUCACACCAACAAGACUCUGGGGUUGGACAGUCGAUUCGUGGACAAGCUGUGGCUGCCCGACACCUUCAUCGUCAAUGCCAAAUCUGCUUGGUUCCACGAUGUCACCGUGGAGAACAAGCUGAUCCGCCUGCAGCCCAACGGAGUCAUUCUAUACAGCAGCCGAAUCACUUCGACGGUUGCGUGUGAUAUGGACCUGACCAAAUAUCCAAUGGAUGAACAAGAGUGUAUGCUGGACCUGGAAAGCUAUGGUUACUCCUCAGAGGACAUUGUUUACCACUGGUCGGAGAGUCAGAGACACAUCCACGGCCUGGACAAACUGGAGCUCUCCCAGUUCACCAUCACAGACUAUCAUUUUGUCACUGAGAUGAUGAACUUCAAAUCUGCGGGACGAUUUCCAAGGCUCAGCCUUCGCUUUGAGCUGAGACGUAAUCGAGGUGUCUACAUCAUCCAGUCAUACAUGCCUUCGAUAUUACUGGUUGCCAUGUCCUGGGUGUCCUUUUGGAUCAGCCAAACAGCUGUCCCUGCUCGUGUAUCCUUAGGGAUCACGACUGUUCUCACCAUGACCACGCUGAUGGUAAGCGCCCGCUCCUCCUUGCCUCGAGCAUCAGCCAUCAAGGCGUUAGACGUCUACUUCUGGAUCUGUUACGUGUUUGUGUUCGCGGCACUCAUUGAGUACGCCUUCGCUCACUACAACGCUGACUACCGACUCAAAGAGAAGGCCAAGGUGAAGGCCAACAAGCUCAGCUCUGAGUCCAUUGUGAAGAACGGCAAACAGGCUAUGGUUCUGUUUUCCCUGUCGGUCACCGGCAUGAACCAGGGUGUGAUGAUUUCCAACCGCCACGGUCGUCCCCAGCGCUCCACCAGCGAAAUCCCUGGGGAGGGCGGCAGCGAGGAGGCCGAGCCGAGGAGGAGAAGGUCCAGGCAGACGGAGGAGAGCACGGAGGAGAAGAAGUGCUGUUCCAAGUGCGUCUGCAAGCCCAUUGAUGCCGACACCAUCGACAUCUACGCCAGGGCCGUGUUCCCUUUCACUUUCGCUGUGGUGAACGUGAUCUACUGGGUGGCGUACACCAUGUGAAGAGGAGGCAGCAGGUCUGUGCGAAUGGCUGCCAUCCAGGGCUGUAUAUAAGAAACUGCUGGAGUUGUGCCACUUCAAUGCUGGCAGACUGGUGCAGCUGAAAUAUACUACAGGCCUCAGUAAAAAAAAAAAAAACUUCAGAAGAAAUGAAGUGUUAUGGCCUAUGAAUAUGGAAAUAUGGUAAUUAAUGGAAGUAGUUAUCAGUUUAAAAAGUGUUAAGAGGACUUCAUAUAUUUAAAUACAAAUACAGAAAUGUGCUGUAUAAAGGCAAAGGACUGUGUUGCCUGUUGGAGAGUCCCAUAUACAGUGAAUACAGUUUAGCCAACAAUCCAGAUUUCCACAUCAUCCUGUUAUAUGAACUCAACACAGGACACUACAACAAAAUAUUCUGCUUGAACACCUGCUGUACUGACCACAAGCUCACAUCUUGCAAACACAAAUAAGCAUAGCUGAACCAUCUCAAAGCAACAAUCUGGAGUGAACCGCCUGUUAUCUCGAAAAGCAAAAGCACCGCCCAAACUAGAGGAUAACAAGAUGAGGUGUACUACUAUUCUGCAUGGCUGCAUAUCUCACUCGCCCUCUUCCCGUGCCAUCGCCACCCCCUCUCUUCCUCUCCCUCCUUUAGUCCUACACCCAUUUUUUUUUUCAAUUCAUUUUUCGUUCGUCUGCCGUGUCCUAUCUCCUUCUGCCAGUUCUGCCUGUUUCCUCACCAAUAAAGAACUUCCUCCACUA